AGACGUUAGAAAAGAAAGAACCUUUUCCACCAUCGGUGCGUCUAUAAAUAAGCAGAUAUCCCUACAAUCUACUCACUUCUAAAAAUUCAAUAUGGAGAGAAACACGAUGUCGGUUGAGAGCUACAAUGAUUUCCAAGCACUGCCGGAGGGUUGUAUAGCCACGGCGCUGUCGCUGACGAGCCCCAAGGAUGCCUGUCGCCUGUCGGUGGUGACUCCGACAUUCCGAUCUGCGGCGGAAUCCGACGCCGUUUGGGAGCGGUUUUUGCCGCCUGAUUACCGUGACAUCAUUUUACGUUCAGUUGACGGUUAUGAUUCGGUUCUUGCUAAAUUUCGAUCCAAGAAAGAGCUUUAUUUCCACCUCUGUGAUAAUCCUAUCAUCAUCGACGGUGGCAAUAAAAGCUUUUCAUUGGACAAAGGGACAGGAAAGAAGUGCUUUAUGCUCGCUGCAAGGGACCUCUUGAUUGUGUGGGGUGAUACACCUGAAUAUUGGCGAUGGAUCCCUUAUCCAGAGUCCAGAUUUCCUGAGGUGGCAGAGCUUCUUGAUGUGUGUUGGUUUGAAAUUCGUGGCAAAAUAAACACUAGCAUGCUCUCUUCAGGAACUACAUAUGCUGCUUACCUUGUUUUCACUUCAAAAUCAGGAAUAUACGGUUUUGAGUAUCAACCUGCUGAGGCUACGGUAGGAAUUAGUGGGCAGGAUGGUGUAAAACGAACGGUGUGUUUAGAUCCAGACGGAGAACAAAGGCAUAGGUACCAGAUUGUACCUAGGCGCAUAUUUUUCAAUCAUCGGUUGGCUCAUAUAUACAGACGGCGAGGUGAUUUGGCCUCAGAGCGCAUUACCGAGUACCCCAAGGUUAGAGCAGAUAAGUGGAUGGAAGUUGGGUUGGGAGAGUUUUACGUGGACGGAGAACAAAAUUUGGAUAUGGAAAUAAGUUUGACAGAGACAAAGGGUGGAAACUGGAAGAAUGGUGUCGUUAUUCAAGGGAUUGAGAUCAGACCAAAAGCUGAGUGAACAUUGUAGCUACAAACUUCAUUAGGUACCACUUUGGCACAUGCUUUUUGUUGGUUUAUUACUUUUUUUUUUUUUUUUUUUUUCUUUUUUUUUUUUUUUUU